GUAAAAAAUCAUUCAAUCUGCAUGUGAAUUUUUGCUAAGUGUGAAUAUAGAGAAAUGGAAACUUCCUCAUGGCCACCUCUUGAGAAAAAAUUCACAUAGUUUUUCUCUUCUUUGUUUUCUUCUUUUUUUCCUGUGGAUUUCAUCUUCCCACAGACUAAACCAACGUCAAAUAUAGCCAACCAAACUUUCUUCCCUAUUCUUCCAACUAGCCAAAAAAUGUCAGCCGGUGCUAACUUUUCCAGGCCAUGGCCAUUUUUGUUACUCUGUUUUUUCAUCUUGAUUUCUCCUUCCCAUCAACACGAUGAACUAAAACUCCUUAUGCAAUUCAAAUCCACCCUCAAAAUAACACAAAGUUCACAACUUUUUGAUACAUGGACACCUGAGAAUAGCAUUUGCAACUUCACUGGAAUUAUCUGUGAUUCUACAAGUCAAUUGGUUAAAGAAAUCUAUCUUUCUGAGCAGAACUUAUCUGGGGUUGUCUCUUUUGAUUCCUUAUGCUCUCUGAAAUCACUAGAAAAACUUUCCCUUGGUUCUAACUUCUUGAACGGUAGAGUCAGUGAUCACUUGAAAAACUGUACAAAGUUGCAGUAUUUGGAUUUGGGUUACAAUUCUUUUUCAGGAGAAGUUCCAAAUUUGUCCUCUUUAACCCAACUGAAGUUCUUGAGUCUCAACAGAAGUGGAUUUUCUGGUCCAUUUCCUUGGACUUCACUUUCAAAUCUUACUAGUCUAACUUUCUUGAGCUUAGGUGAUAAUUUAUUUGACAAAAGUCCUUUCCCACUUGAAAUUCUGAACCUUAAUAAGUUAUAUUGGCUUUAUCUUACUAAUAGUAGUAUUGGAGGUCAAAUUCCAGAAGGUAUUGGAAAUCUCACUCUGCUUGAAAAUCUUGAGCUUUCAUAUAAUUUCUUGUCAGGUAAAAUCCCAGAUGGAAUAACAAAACUUACCAAACUUCACCAGCUUGAGCUUUAUGAAAAUGAACUCACUGGAAAAUUUCCAGUGGGAUUUGGGAAUCUCAGUAGUCUUGUAAAUUUUGAUGCUUCAACGAACAAACUUGAAGGUGAUCUUUCAGAGCUCAAAUCUUUGUCUCUUCUUGAAUCUUUGCAACUGUUUGAGAACCAGUUUUCUGGUGAGAUUCCUAUUGAAUUUGGAGAUUUCAAGUUUCUCACAGAAUUGUCUUUGUACGCAAAUAAGUUAUCUGGUUCUCUUCCUCAAAAGAUUGGAUCAUGGGCAGACUUUCAAUACAUUGAUGUUUCUGAGAAUUUGUUGACUGGUACAAUACCACCUGAUAUGUGCAAGAAAGGGAAAAUGACUGAUCUUUUGCUGCUCCAAAACAAGUUCAGUGGUGGGAUACCUUCAAAUUAUGCUAACUGUUUGUCGUUGCAGCGUUUACGGGUUAGCAACAAUUCAUUUUCUGGAAUAGUCCCUAGUGGAAUUUGGAGUUUGCCAGAUUUACUCAUCAUUGAUCUCAGAUUGAAUUUAUUCGAAGGUUCAGUGACAUCAAAUAUUGGUGAAGCUAAGUCUUUAGCACAGUUGUUUCUUGCCAACAAUCGGUUCAAUGGUCAGUUACCAGAGAGAAUAUCAGAAGUUUCUUCAUUAGUAGCCAUCAAUCUGAGCUCGAAUCAGUUCUCUGGUGACAUUCCAGCAACAAUAGGUGAACUUAAGAAACUUAAUAGUCUUCAUUUAGAGUAUAAUUUGUUUUCUGGAAAUCUUCCAGAUUCAAUCGGAUCAUGUGUUUCUCUAAAUGAAAUUAAUCUUGCUGGCAAUUCGCUUUCUGGUGAAAUUCCUUCAAGUCUUGGCUCUUUGGCAAACUUGAACUCUCUCAAUAUAUCUGAUAACAUGCUCUCAGGUCAAAUUCCAGUGACCCUUUCGUCGUUAAGAUUAAGCCUCCUUGAUUUGUCGAACAAUAGGUUGAGUGGUAGCAUACCGAAUUCUUUAUCAAUAAAAGCUUUUAGUAAUAGCUUUUUGGGAAAUCCAGGCCUUUGUAGUGAGAAUUUCGGUAGUCUCAGCCCAUGUUUAUCAGAUUCUCAUACAUCUAAAGAGCAUAGAACAGUCAUAUUGUGCUUGAUAGCUGGUGUGGUUGUUCUGGUUCUUUCACUUACAUGUUUCAUCUAUGUGAAGUUUAAGCACAAUAAUCAGGAUAUUCCUGUAAAGAGACUUGAUUCUUGGGAUAUCAAACAGUUUCAUGUAUUGAGCUUUAGUGAAGAUCAAGUCUUAAAGGCAUUGAAGCAAGAAAAUUUGAUUGGUAGAGGUGGUUCAGGGAAUGUGUACAAAGUAGUCUUGAAUUGUGGAAAAAGUUUAGCUGUGAAACACGUUUUGAAAUCUGAUUCUAGUGAUGAGAAAAGUUACCGGAGCAGCUCAGCUAUACUGGCAAAGGGGAAUGGCAGAUCAAAGGAGUAUGAUGCUGAGGUGACCACAUUAAGCUCCAUUAGACAUGUCAAUGUUGUCAAAUUGUACUGUAGCAUCACAAGUGAGGACUCAAAUCUGUUGGUUUAUGAAUACUUACCUAAUGGAAGUUUAUGGGACAAAUUGCACACGUCACAGAAAGUCAAGAUGGAUUGGUUGGUGCGAUAUGAUAUUGCAUUAGGUGCUGCUCGGGGGCUGGAGUAUCUGCAUCACGGGUAUGACAGACCUGUUAUGCACCGUGAUGUCAAGUCUAGCAACAUCUUGUUGGAUGAAAAGAUGAAGCCCAAAAUUGCUGAUUUUGGACUAGCUAAGGUUUUGCAGGUCAAUGGUACUAAAGACUCUUCUCAAGUUGUAGCUGGGACACACGGCUAUAUUGCUCCUGAGUACGCUUACACAACCAAGGUGACCGAGAAGAGUGAUGUCUACAGCUUCGGGGUUGUACUAAUGGAAUUGGUGACUGGAAAGAAGCCAGUGGAUGCUGAGUAUGGGGAGAACAAUGACAUAGUCCAGUGGGUAUGUAGCAAGAUAAGAAGCAAAACUAGCAUGAUUGACUUGGUGGAUUCAAGCAUUUUGGAGGGGUUCAAGAAAGAUGCUGUCGAGGUUCUUAGAAUUGCAGUUCAUUGCACAGCUAGGACGCCAGCAUUGAGACCGUCCAUGAGGAUGGUAGUUCAUAUGCUAGAAGAGGCCGAGCCGUGUAAGCUGACAAGUGUAGUUGUGAAUUCAAUGAAUGAGGAUAGCAGUAACAAGGAGUUGCAAACUAAUGGAAAAGUGUUGAUGCCAAUAUCAUGAGUUCUGAGUUCUUGUUGAGAGAAGAAGAAUUUUGCUGAGUGUUGAACUCUGUUGCAAUCUUGCAAAGAAUGCUUAUUGUACAUAUGAGACUCUUGAAGAAAGAAACAGCCGCGAUAGGCUGUCAAAAGUAUUCACUGUUAACAUUAAUAAAAUCUGCUUCUGCAUUAGCAAGUGGAAGUAAUGUAUUUCACAACCAAA